CACUUGCAGAAAGCUAGAGAAGGAGACCCAGUCUCGCUGAACGUUUGUCAAGCCAUCUGUUUGGUGUGGUACCAAGGAUUAUCCAAGUACCCAGACAGAGGGAUCUGAGAGAGGCGUGCGCCUGCCACACGCAGCAGCCCAGCGAUGAGUGAGAACCCAGCCACCAACCUCAACACUGGAGAUGCUCCAACUGGUCCCACUACACCACGCAAGGGGCCUCCCAAAUUCAAGCAGAGACAGACAAGGCAGUUCAAGAGCAAGCCUCCUAAAAAAGGAGUAAAAGGGUUUGGAGAUGACAUCCCAGGCAUGGAGGGGCUGGGCACAGAUAUCACAGUGAUUUGCCCAUGGGAAGCAUUCAGCCAUCUGGAACUGCACGAGCUGGCCCAGUUUGGGAUCAUCUAAGGUGCCAGCAUCUCUACUGGUGUCACCUGGUGACUCCACAGAUCCCAGCAUGGUCUUCAUCACCUUUGACACUUAUUUUUGGCCCUUACAUCCACCUGUUAUGGGCAGGGUGGUUUUGUAAGAGCUAGUUAUGAGAAAGUCCUUUGCAGUUUAAUUUGGCAAAGAAGUUAUUCAGGACCCUGAACAGACCUCAUGCUCCAUGUGAUGAAACUACUGAAAAAUGUCUUAACGCCUCCCUGCACCAUAUCCUCUCUUC